AAAGCAUUCUUUGCUUCAUCUAGAGUAAUACUAGCCAUCACUCAUGCAGAGAGCAAACCUUUAAAUAAGUAUUCUUUUUAUCUUCUGCCGUCUUAAAUAGAACUUCUUUGCUUCUGAAUAGAGUUUGAGAUAUCUUGUGAGGUGCUACUUCCUUGUAGCUUCUUGGAGGAGCAAACCAAGCAAGAAAAGGAGAAUGAAGCUAGUGGUAGAAGUAGUAGAUGCUAAUGAUCUUAUGCCCAAGGAUGGUGAGGGAUCAGCUAGUUCAUUUGUGGAAGUUGAUUUUGACAGUCAAUUAAGCCGAACCAAAACCGUCCCAAAGAACCUCAACCCCAUUUGGAACCAGAAACUUUUCUUUAAUUUUGAUGAAACCAAAAACCACCAUCCAGCCAUUGAAAUUUCUGUUUACAAUGAGAGAAGACCAAUUCCAGGCAGAAACUUCCUUGGUCGAGUUAGAAUUCCUUGCUCAAAUAUCGUGAAGAAAGGAGAGGAAGCUUAUCAAAGACUCCAAUUAGAAAGGAAGUGGUUAUUCUCUUCUGUCAAAGGUGAGAUUGGCCUAAAAAUCUAUCUUUCACCAGAAUCCAAACCAAAAUCUCCUCCCCCAUCCUCUCCACUAAAACCAGCAGAAGCUCCUCAUUCUAGUCCACCACAACCACCAGAACCCCGAAUUUCUAUUUCUAGCCCUCCACCUCUUCCUAAUACUCCUCCCAUUUCAGAAAAUACAAAUCUUAUUAGCAAAACAUUAGCUGCUGUUCCCAAAGCAGAAGCUCCUGUUGUUGAAACUCCAAAGGCUGUAACAGCAGAACCUUUGAAAGAAACUUCUACAUUUGCUGAGGUAGACAAUUCUAAUUCCUUUAUUGCAGUUGCCAAGUCAAGUGGUGCUAAGCCUGCUAAACGUCCAAAGAAGGAGAUUGUGGAACCUGUUGAAGAAAGAGUUGGCACAGCCCAACAUAUAUACAAACACCAAGUUCUGCAGCAGCCUGGCAUAUCAGUGGAGAAACGACCACAAGGUGUCCCAUUCAACAUGCACCAGACUAAUCCACGAGGCCACCAGGCCCAGGCAAGCCACCAAGACGACUACAAUUUGAAGGACACCAAUCCACAACUUGGUGAGCGGUGGCCAAAUAGUGGAGCAUUUGGUGGAAGAGGAUGGAUGAAUGGUGAGAGACAUACAAGUACUUAUGACCUUGUUGAGCAGAUGUUUUAUCUAUAUGUUCGAGUUGUGAAAGCAAAAGAUCUUCCUCCCAGUGUCAUCACUGGUAGCUGUGAUCCUUAUGUGGAAGUCAAACUGGGGAAUUAUAAAGGAAAAACAAGGCAUUUUGAGAAGAGACUGAAUCCAGAGUGGAAUCAAGUAUUUGCUUUCUCAAAAGAACGCGUUCAGUCCUCAGUACUAGAAGUUUUUGUGAAGGAUAGGGAAAUGGUGGGAAGGGAUGAUUAUCUUGGAAGGGUAGUUUUUGAUUUGCAUGAGAUUCCAACCAGAGUUCCCCCUGACAGUCCACUGGCUCCUCAGUGGUACAGAUUGGAGGACCGGCGUGGACACGGAAAGGUAAGGGGUGAGAUCAUGGUUGCAGUUUGGAUGGGAACACAAGCUGAUGAAGCCUUCUCAGAGGCAUGGCAUUCUGAUGCUGCUGCUGCUUAUGGAGAGGGUGUUUUUAACACCCGUUCAAAGGUUUAUGUAUCCCCCAAACUGUGGUACCUGAGGGUGAAUGUGAUUGAAGCUCAGGAUGUGCUGCCUAAUGACAGAAACAGGCUCCCAGAUGUUUUUGUCAAAGCUCAGGUUGGUAGUCAAGUGCUAAAAACCAAUGUAAGUGAAACUCGCACUACUAAUCCACUUUGGAAUGAAGAUUUAAUUUUUGUGGCAGCUGAACCUUUUGAGGAUCAGCUGAUCAUUACUGUUGAGGAUCAUGUGCACUAUUCGAAAGACGAAUUGUUGGGGAGCAUUAGCCUACCACUGGACAUAUUUGAGAGGCGCCUGGACCACAGGUCAGUUCACUCACGAUGGUUCAAUCUUGAGAAAUAUGGUUUCGGAAUCUUGGAUGCUGACAGGAGGAAAGAGCUCAAGUUUUCAAGCAGAAUUCACCUAAGAGUUUGUCUUGAAGGAGGAUACCAUGUACUUGAUGAAUCAACUCUCUACAUAAGUGAUCAAAGGCCAACAUCAAGGCAAUUGUGGAAACAGCCCGUUGGGAUAUUGGAAGUAGGCAUUUUGAGUGCACAAGGGCUUCUCCCGAUGAAGAUGAAGGAUGGCAGAGGGAGUACUGAUGCUUACUGUGUAGCUAAGUAUGGCCAAAAAUGGGUUCGAACCAGAACAAUCCUCGACACCUUCAAUCCAAAAUGGAAUGAGCAAUACACAUGGGAAGUGUAUGACCCCUGCACAGUGAUCACAUUGGGUGUGUUUGACAACUGCCACUUGGGUGGAGGUGAGAAACCAAAUGGUGGCAAUGCAGUGCGGGAUUCACGGAUUGGAAAGGUACGAAUUCGGCUAUCAACACUAGAAGCUCAUAAAAUAUAUUCACAUUCUUACCCACUUCUUGUUCUACAACCAAAUGGGGUAAAGAAAAUGGGAGAGCUCCAACUAUCAGUUCGUUUCACUACCCUCUCUCUAGCUCAUAUGGUAUAUAUUUAUGGCCAUCCCUUGCUUCCAAAAAUGCAUUACUUACAUCCUUUCACAGUGAACCAAGUAGACAAUUUAAGACACCAAGCAAUGAAUAUUGUAGCUGUGAGGCUUGGUAGAGCUGAACCACCUCUCAGAAAAGAAGUGGUGGAGUACAUGUUAGAUAGAGAUUCCCACAUGUGGAGUAUGAGAAGAAGCAAAGCUAACUUCUUUCGCAUUAUGUCACUUCUUUCGGGCAUCUUCUCCAUGAGCCGAUGGUUUAGUGAUGUUUGCAACUGGAAGAACCCUAUGACAUCUGUUCUGGUUCAUAUACUGUUUCUGAUAUUGAUUUGGUACCCAGAGCUGAUACUUCCAACUCUCUUCCUCUACAUGUUCCUCAUCGGGUUAUGGAACUAUAGGUUCCGGCCAAGGCACCCUCCUCACAUGGAUACUAAAGUGUCAUGGGCAGAGGCAGUAAACCCAGAUGAACUUGAUGAGGAAUUUGACACAUUUCCUUCCUCAAGGCCAAAUGACAUAGCUCGUUUGAGGUAUGAUAGACUUAGAACUGUUGCAGGGAGGAUUCAAACUGUUGUUGGUGACAUAGCAACACAAGGGGAAAGAAUUCAUUCUGUACUAAGCUGGAGAGACCCAAGAGCAACAAGCCUUUUCGUAUUGUUCUGCUUUUGUGCAGCUGUGGUGCUUUAUGUGACACCAUUCAGAGCAGUGGCACUGCUUGCGGGCUUGUAUUACUUGCGGCACCCUAGGUUCCGGAGCAAGCUGCCCUCUGUACCCAGCAAUUUCUUCAGGAGGUUGCCAGCUCGAACAGAUAGCUUACUCUAAAACUAAGUACUUUGUUAAAAUAAAUGGUCUGUUUAGAUUUUCUUUUUUCAGUAUGCAAUGCUUUUACAGUAUAGAUUAUGAUUGUAAAAUACAUAUACAACAGUAUGAGGAAUAACCUCAAUAAGUACUCACACUGGAUGCGUUCAUGUUUUAACGAGUUCAUUAUGAUGGAUCUUUGCCUUCCCAUGAGUGUAGUCAAGAUCUGACAUACUUCCUAGCA